AUGGACCUCCCAACUAUUAAUAGCACAACAAGCAUUUCCGACAAUGUGGAUUUGAAGAACUACUAUGAGGACUUGCUUUUCAAGAAUAACAGUGGAAAGUCGCUAUCAGAUUUACCCCGUAAACUGAAUGAUAACUCUGAUAAUGCGGGAAAUGAUGCAGUUGAUCCGCUUGCUGGUUUGAAUAAUUUGAGAAACUCAAUAAAAAGUACAGGGAGUGGUAUGGAAAAUAGAAGGACUUUUGACGAUAUUGAUUUUAUGAGUAGGUUUCCCUAUCUACCACCAGUACCACACCAACAACAGCAAUCAUUUUCUCACCAAAAUGGAUUCAUUCAAGAGCAACCUUCCAGUACUUUGACCUCUUUCCAAAUGUCUUCAUCUAAUUCAGAGCCGAUGUCUGCGCCACCCAUUUCAUCCAAUAACAAUCAUCUAGAUUCUACUCAAAUGGGCAAUUAUCAAGCUCAACAACGGUCGUUCCCACAAUUCAGUGCAAAUUCCUUUCACCCAAAUGGAAACGAACUAAUGGAGAAUCGAACGGAUUUAGAUUAUAUGCGUUUAAUGAAUAAGGCAAACAUAGGCUUCACUUCAAAUAGCGGUAACACUUUCACUGCCCCAUCACAUAGUGCUGGUAACCCAUCUAGUGUCAAUAGCCAACAACAGCCAUCAUUCAACUGGCAACAAUCAUCUCACCCUGAAUCCACCAUCAGGAGAUCUUCCUAUAUAUCAGAUACUCUAAUCAAUCAUCAAAUACCUGGGGCUCGGCAAAAGCAAACAUCACAAAUGCAGCAGCAACAUGCUCAGGGUUUCAAUCUUUUCAACGGCAGGUUCAACUAUGAUAACUUGAACUCAACCCACUUGACCCCGAAAGGCGUGCCCGACUUUGGAAACGGUGUACCAGCUCCGUUUUCCUAUGAUAGUGAUCCUAAUAAUGGCAACAUCAGCAAUAGCAAUAACAACAACAGUCAUAAUAUGGUUCCAAUCCAACAGUUUCGCCGCAAUACACAACCGGUGGCGAGCUUUAAUCCGGCCCCUCCCACUUUUCAACAACAACAACAACCAAGAAACACUAAUGUACCCAAUUCUUUGAAUGGUGAACGUAUUGAUGAUGUUCAGCUUGUUCAACUGCAAAGAAGCACUUCUGUCCCCUCUUCUACAAAUUCACAUAACCUUCAGAACGAGAACGCCAAUGAAGGAAAUGUAUCAUUGGACAACGGUUUAGUUUUAAUCCAGGGUAAACACCUGACUUCUUCCAAGACUUUACACGAUUUAUAUAGUGACUGUGGAAGUGGUUAUUUUGCUAGCUCUGCAGUUUUCGAAUUCACAGAUAAUAUUAAGAAAAUGUUGAAGUUACACGAUUCCAAUGAAAGCCACGAGGCGAAGAAUAUGAGUUUGAUCGACGAAGAAGGUAGUAAGUAUCAAUCCUUAUUGAAUUUUUUAGACAUAUUGAGAAGCUGUAACUUGAAUUACGUUAAUGAUCCGGGGUCAAAUAAUGGGAUUAUUUCCAACAAUGGAAGUAGUAAAAAUAGAAGCAAGGGUUCUUUCACAACAGAUUUACCAUGCAGAAAUUCUAAUAACUCUUUCUUACCGUAUACACCAUUGGUGCUGGUUGCGUUGAAAAAUGGGAAACUUGAACUACUAUCCACUCCACAAGCUACCAAUUUGUUGUUGAAGAGAGGUGACUUGGUUAUUAUUGAUGGUGACCGUGGGAGGGAUUUAGUGUUAGUUGUUGAACCCUGUGUCGAUUUGAAUUUAGCACUAUUUAUAAAUUUUCUGAAGAAGAAAAUUCAUUUUGACUCUUUGAUCACAAGUGAGUCGCAGCACUAUCGCAAUGAUGAGUUUAUUCAAAUGUUGAUUGACUCAAAAAAUGGCCAAAAGAAAAAGUUAAAUCCUAAAUUAUAUGAUGUUAUUGAAUUAACUGAGUUGAUUAUACCAUCUAAGCAAGUCCUAAGAUUUGCCACCCCGUGGGAGGUAACAACGAAUUUGCACAAUAAAUUUGAAGAUGAAUUAAAAGCCUUACAUAUUGCUCAAAGCAAAUUACAAGCUUUGAAUGAUAAUUCAAAGUCUCAAAAUACAAAUGACAGUUCUUCUAAUAAUUUUACGAAUCCUGCAACUUAUUCUAAGCCCAAAUUGAAUAUCAAAAUCUUAAAUGCGGAAUUCCAAUUUGAUAGAAAAAAAUUAACAUUUUACUAUGUUUGUGAAGAGAGAAAUGAUUUUAGAGACUUGAUAAAAGAGUUGUUCAAAUAUUAUAAGACACGGAUUUGGUUGUGUGCUAUUCCAAAUAAUCUGUCCAUUGAUUCCAAAUAUUAUGACAAACAACAAAAAGAGCUGAAAUUAUAUCAAGACAUAGUAAAAAAUUACAAUACUGAAGAUCUAAUGAAUGUCAAUGAGUUUUCACAGAAUAGAGGGAAUAGCAGAAUCAAUUUUGCCCCUCCAUUAAACGAAAUUGAACUCGACAACUUCCAGAUUGCUGUUUACGAAGAAUUAGUCCAUGAAUUGUUCCAUUGA